UUAGUAUUUCAAUCUCCACAACCUUAUACAACGCCCAAAUACGUUACUUACCUCCUAGCCCUUCCCCUCUCUCCCUCUCCCUCAUAUUUUCUCUGCUCCUGAAGAGAUGGCUUCUUCCACAACCAUGGCUGUUUUAGCUCUUCUUGUUGUGCUCCUCCCUAUGGCUGCUACUGCUGCUGACAGUUUGACUCCUUUCAUUGAGGAGCUAUGCAACGAAGUGGAAUGUGGAAAGGGGUCGUGCGUCGUGAACACUAGCGCUACAUUUGGCUUCGAAUGCCAGUGCAACGCAGGUUGGAAGCGGACUCGCCUUGACAAUGAAGAUGACUACAAGUUCCUUCCCUGUGUCAUCCCAAACUGUUCUGUUCAGUACUCCUGCAUGCCUGCGCCUCCGCCGGUCCCUUCCGUUCCAGAGAACACAUCCGUCUUCGAUCCUUGCUACUGGAUAUAUUGUGGAGGAGGAACAUGCACAAAGUCCUCGACUUACGAGCACACUUGCCAGUGCGAUGCCGGUUACACGAAUCUCAUGAAUGUCAGCGUCUACCCGUGCUUCAGCGAAUGCGCAAUUGGUAAUGACUGUGAAAAGCUCGGAAUCAAAGUUUCCAACUCGUCUGCUACAGGAUCAGACAGCGGAAGCUAUGCGCACAUGUUCCUACCUGGGAAGUUGCUGUGGAUGACCAUCUUUACAGCAUCCAUGGCUUUAGUUCUAUGGAACUAGAAGAGGGCGUCAUCGCGAGACCGAGACUUCAUGUGGAGUUGUACUAAAGCCGUAUAAAUUAUACUCAGUUUCGAUUUCUGCAAUUGCUUACGUUACACUUUGUUCUUUAUUUGUUGAAGUGACAUUCUUGUGUAAAAUUGUUAUAGGAACAUGUCAAUUUUAUGAUUGACACUACACUACACUACAUUACAUGUAUAAAAGAGAGUGCUUUCACUCCUUUCACUUGUUGAAGUGACAUUCUUGUGUAAAAUUGUUAUAGGAACAUGUCAAUUUUAUGAUUGACGCUACACUACACUA